UAUGUUUCGUAUGUUGUGUUGUAUUAUGGUCAGCUCAGUAACUGACCGUCAAUUAAAUAAUUGUACGUUAACUCUGAUUUUAUAUUUUUAUCAAAAUGAAGGUGAAAAUGUUAACAAGAAAUCCGGAUGAACAUAUACGAGAAACGAAACGUGAUAUUCAUAAAGUUCCUAGGAACUAUGAUCCAGCACUGCAUCCAUUUGAUGCAGCAAGAGAAUAUACAAGAGCAUUAAAUGCCGUAAAAUUAGAAAGGGUAUUUGCAAAGCCUUUUGUAGGAUGUUUGGAAGGUCAUAGAGAUGGAGUGUCCACUUUGUGUAAACAUCCUUUCCAAUUAUCUACACUUGUUAGUGGAGCUUUUGAUGGAGAAGUAAGAGAAUGGAAUCUUACUCAUAGAACUUGUGAACGUUCAGUUUUGGCACACGAUGGUAUAGUACGUGGAAUUGUAUUUGAUGUAAAUGCUGAACAUUUUAUUACUGUUGGCGAUGAUAAAACUAUUAAAAUAUGGAAAGCAGAAAGGCCACCGUACGGCGAAGAAGAUGAACCUAUAAAUACAAUUCUUAGUAAAACUAUUAUUACUGGAAUCUCUCAUCAUCGAAGACAGCCUGUUUUUGCAACAUGCGGCGAAGUAUGUAAUCUUUGGGAAGAAACUAGAAAUGAACCAAUUAAGACAUUCAAAUGGGGUGUUGAUAGCUUGUAUGACAUUAAAUAUAAUCCUGUUCAAUCAAACUUAUUUGCUGCUUGUGCAAGUGACCGUAGUAUUAUUUUAUAUGAUGCCAGAGAAACAGGUCCUUUGAGAAAAGUGUGCAUGAAAUUAAGGACUAAUAAACUAUCUUGGAAUCCUAUGGAAGCUGUAACUUUUACAUGUGCUAACGAAGACUAUAAUUUAUAUACUUUUGACAUUCGUAAAAUGUAUACUCCGGUAAAUGUACAUAAGGACCAUGUAGAAGCUGUAAUAGAUGUGGAUUAUGCACCAACUGGAAAAGAAUUUGUAUCUGGUAGUUACGAUAAAUCGAUUCGUAUUUUUGAAGUCGAUAAAGGUCAUUCUCGAGAUGUUUAUCACACGAAACGUAUGCAAAGAUUGACGUGCACCGCUUGGUCUCUAGAUAAUAAAUACCUUCUUAGCGGUAGUGAUGAAAUGAAUAUUAGAGUUUGGAAGGCAAGGGCGUCGGAAAAGCUGGGUGUGCUGAAACCUAGAGAAAGGGCAGCUCUGAACUACAGCGAAGCAUUAAAAGAAAAGUUCGCUGCACAUCCUCAGAUUAAGAGAAUUGCCCGCCAUAGACAGGUUCCAAAACAUAUUUAUAACGCUAAAGCCGAAUUACGUACAAUACGCGAGAAAAGCAGUCGGAAAGAGGCCAAGAGGCGCAUCCAUUCCAAACCGGGAGCGGUACCUUUUAUUCCAGAGAGGCAGAAACAUGUCGUCAGACAAGACUUAUAAUAAUGAAAUAUUUUGUCACAGUACUACAAAUUUUUGUACAAAAUACACAUGAUAUUUGGCCUUUGUUCGAGAUAUAGUGAUGCCUCGGAAAUUGACCGGUUGUUGUCCUCACCAGUUCCUGGAACUAGCUUUCCGAUUGCCCCGGCAGCCAG